CCCUUCCCCUUCCGUUCCCUUCCUUCCUCCAUCUCCAUCCAUCAUCAUCUCCACCUCUCUUCCCUUCCCUUCCCCCAACUCCUCCUCCUUCUCCUCGUGACCUCGCCGCCGCCGCCACUCACCGUAGGGUUUGCGGACCGAGCGGAUCAUCCCAUUCCAAUCGCGCGCCUCGGCCGCGAGAUCGGCGGGUCCCAUCCCAGAUUCGUGCGGCGCCGCCUCACCGGCCACGUACCAAUACCAUUCGCCCUCGACUCGCGAAGUCGCGAGCGAGGAUGUCUCGGUAGGGCGCGUGCGAGAAAAGCUAGGGUUCGAGCGCCCGACCCGGGGGGGUCGGCCCAUGGAAGACCCCGCCGCGGGCAUCGCCCCACGGGACGAUCCCGAUCGGGCGCCGCUACCGCCGCAGGACUCCCCCGUCACCGCCGCCGCCGCCUCCCCCGCGGAGAUGGCGGCCGCUGGUGGCGUGAAGACGGAGACCGCCGGUGGGGCGGAAGCGCAAGAGCCUGCUGCGGUAAGCGCGGCCGGUGAGGCCGAGCCGGGUGGAGGCGGUCCGGGACAUGCGGGUGACGCGGUCGCGGAGGCAUCGGCGAGCGUGCCCACGGCGGAGGCUACCCAAGUCGGCGGCGGCGCGGCUGCUGAUACUGCGGGCGGAAACCUCUCCGCGGUGCCUGAGGCGGAUGGGGAUGGCGGCGCGGGCGUAGGGCGGGAUGCUGUGCGCGCGGCGAGUGAGGUGGUGGUGGCUCUGGGCGGCAUUGCGGGGGGAUCGCGAGGUGUGGAUCCCGCGGUGGCCCAGGCGAAGAUGGUGGUGGACGAGGGUGGCGACGCGAGCAAGCAGAAGCAGGGCUCUCCGUCUUGUACGGCCUGCGAGGUGGAUGUGGGGAGCGAUCCGGGGGCAGCGCAGGGUUUGCCUCCUGUGGGGACUGAAGUGGGAAUGGAGGUGGAUGGCGGCCGUGUUGGGGAGCAAGAGGGGAAGGGAGCGGCUGGGGACUCUGAAGUGAAGAUGGAGGUGGUUGAUGGCCGUGUUUGGGAACAAGAGUGCGCGGGAGCCGCUGUGGCGGGAGAGGCUAAGAUGGAGGAAGAUGAUGGAAGAGUAGUGGAGGUGGAUGAUAGCCGUGUUCAGGAACAAGGAUGCGCGGGAACGGCUGUGGCGGGAGAGGUUAAGGCGGUGGAAACUGAUGGAAGGGUGGUGAACCAAGGGCCUGCUGCCACAUCUGCUGGGGGGCUUCAGGUGCGCGCCAAGGAGGCGGGGGAAUGUCUGGUCGGCCGUUACAUUGGCCGCCACGCGCCAGGGCAUGCGAGCGUUCUUAUUGGGAAGGUUGCGUCCUAUGAUAGCACAGCUGACGUGUACAGCGUGGUGUUUGAGGAUGGACAUGCUGAGGAUUUGUCGCUUCCUCGGCUCCAGGAGUUCCUCAUGCCCGACGAGAAUGGUGCGUUAGGCAUGAAGGUGAGCUGCAGGAAGAGGAAGCUGGACCUGCUGGUUUUGUCGGGGAGUGCCUCGGAGGUGAAAGAGCCAGCAAGUACAAGGCAGAGGGUUGACGGAUGCGAGAUGCCUGCCAACCCUGAUGCGCUGCAGUGUAGUGGGUCUGGCUCGGAUGUGUCUGAGGAUAUCGAAUCUUCGAGUAAUUCAUCGGAUUUCACUAAAGAAGAACCAUCCGAGCCGUGCCCUCCUGUACAGGCUGUGGAGUUGCCCCCGUCAUCGGGAGACAUUCCUGUGCCAGAAGAUUCCAUAAGCUAUCUCUUUUCGGUUUAUAACUUCCUGCGAUCCUUCAGCGUGCAGCUGUUCCUGAGUCCGUUUGGGCUGGAUGAUUUUGUUGCAGCCAUUAAUUGCGCUGUUCAGAAUAACUUGUUGGAUGCCGUACAUGUCUCGCUACUGCGAGCACUGAAGCGGCAUCUUGAAUCUAAAUCUGCUCAAGGAUCUCAGAUGGCUUCGAAUUGCUUAAAGUAUCUGGAUUGGACAUUACUAGAUGCAUUGACUUGGCCAACUUUCUUACUAGAGUACCUGUAUGUGAUGAGGUGCAUUAAGAAUCUAGGGGGGCAGAGUUUUGCUAGAAACCUCUUAGCUGCCGAGUACUAUAAACUUCCUGUUGCCAUGAAGUUGAGGGUGCUGCAAGUACUCUGUGACCAUGUCCUUGAAUCAGAAGAAUUCAAAACUGUACUGGACGAUCGAGUAGGCUACAAUGAGGAGAUGGAAUAUGAGAUAGAUUCUAGCACAUUUUGGGAGGCUGGUUCAAGAGCAGUCUCGACUAGAGCCUCAAAGGCCUCAGCUUACAAAAUGAUGAAUGAUUUACAGAACUUUGAAAGUGCUCCAAGUGUAACAAAUCCAGAUGUUGCUGUAGCAAAUGUUUCUCAGGACGGCAAUAGUGAUGAUUGCCGAAUAUGUGGAAUGGAUGGGACUUUGGUGUGCUGUGAUGGCUGCCCAUGGGCAUAUCAUUCGAGAUGUAUUGGUCAAAACAAAGCUUUCCUUCCCCAUGGAGACUGGUUCUGUCCAGAAUGUGUGGUCAACAAGCUUGGACCAACUUCGUCAAGAAUUGAACGUGGUGCAAGAGGAGCUCAAAUGUUUGGCGUUGAUAUGUGUGGGAGGCUAUUCUUAGGAACCUGCAACUAUUUACUGGUGAUCGAAACUUCUUCAGAUGUAGAGUCUUAUGCAAGAUAUUACAAUCAUUAUGAUGUUGUCAAGGUCCUCCAGAGACUUGCUCCCUCAGAUGCAUAUGUGGAUAUAUGCAGGCAAAUAAUGGAAUACUGGAAACAUUUACUCGGUAGAGUUCAGAGUGAGAGAUCAACAAUAUUGGAAGAAGUUGGUACAAGACAUACUCCACAAUCCAGUAUGUUGAGUUUUACUCCAACAAAGUCAGAAGAUGGAAGUGGCUGGACAACUUCAAAAGAUGGUGGGGACAGUAAAACAGUAGCACUUCCUCAAACAAACGUACAACAGAAAUUUGUCGCUGAUCAGUAUACAGUGUGCUCUGCUGAACACCUGGAGAAACAAAGAUGCAUGUCAAGCUUAGGUGUUGUAACCGAGAAGAAUGUUGAAGUUUGCAAGGAAGCUCUGUCAGCUCAGAAGAACAUACAUAAUGCACCUCGAAAUGGAAAUUCUGGACCAUUUGUGCCAUCCUCCAUUUCUCAUCAGAAUGGAUCUGUUGGAAUGGUUAUCUCUAACAUAGCACAACCACAGCCAGCUCAUAGUAUAUAUCGUCCAGAUUUAUCCACUGUUUCUGCAAAGGCAGAAUCAUUUCGUCCAUCUUUGCAAGAUAAACACCACCUUCAGCUGUUUACUGAAAGAUCUGGAAACAUGAGUUGUGGCAAGGCAGCAAAAUCGUCUUCUUUUAAACCACAAGCAUACAUGAAUCUCUACAAUCAUGGCAACAUUGCAGCGUCUGCUGCUGCCAAUCUAGCUGUUAUAACAUCCGAUGAAGGUAAGGUUUCCGCGUCCCAACUGACCUUAAAACCAAAGAGGAAAGUGGCUGCAGACAAUGCUCUGCAGUUGAAAGCAUUUUCCUCAGCAGUCGCACAAUUUGUUUGGCCGAGUACUGAAAAGAAGCUUAUGGAAGUUCCAAGAGAUAGAUGUGGUUGGUGCCUUGCUUGCAGAAGUUCAGCAAGUGGAAACAAAAAGGCUUGUUUUCUUAACAUGACCACGACAAAUGCUGCUAAAAGUUCUGCUCGAGUUCUUAGCACCAUGCGUGUAAUAAAAAAUUCUGACAGCCACUUCCCCAGUAUUGCUGCUUAUUUAGCCAACAUGGAGGAAAGCUUGCGUGCCCUGUUGGUUGGUUCACUACAAGACGUGCAGCAGAGAGAACGGUGGCGUCAACAACUAGAAGAAGCUUCCAACUGCAGAACUAUAAUACCCCUCUUGCUUGAGUUGGAAAGCAACAUCCGUGGAGUAGCAUUUUCUGCAAGCUGGUUGAAGCCAAUAGACGAUUGGCCUGCGGAAUCUCCUGGUCCAUCGACGGUAGCAUCUCGUCCUGCACAAUACCAAAAACGUGGGGCUGGUGGAAAGCGUGGCAGAAAACGUUUGUUGGCAUCUGAAUCUGGUACUGCUACUAACGAUGACAACAGCUGGACUUGGUGGUCCGGAGGAGGAAAUAUAAUAAGACGUACUUUGCAGAGGGGGCCUCUUCUACAUUCAGCCAUAAGAAAAGCUGCUCUCCAAGGUGGUAAAAAAAGGAUAGCAGGUUUAUCUUACCAUGAAGGCUCCAAUUAUCCAAGACGAUCUCGGCAAUUUUUCUGGAGAGCAUGUGUUGUACUAAGCCAGACUUCAUCUCAACUUGCUCUGCAGGUUAGAUAUCUUGAUGCCCACAUCAGAUGGAAGGAGUUCAUCCCUCCUGAUCAAAUUCCUUCAGAUGGAAAAAGUUCUGAUGCUGACUUUUCUGCACUCAGAAAUGCUGUACUCUGUGAUAAAAAAAUAAUUGACAAUAAGAUAAGAUAUGCACUUAAGUUUCCCAACCAAAAGCAUCUUUCUGUCCGUCUGACAAAAAAUAUCUUGGAAGCAGAAAGUGAUCAGGAUGAAAGCAGAAAACUUUGGUUUUCUGAAAACCAUGUGCCACUGUACAUGUUACGAGAAUUUGAGCAGCAUGCUGAGGCUAGCUCCUUGCCUACUCCAGGAAUUCUGGACUCUAACUGUUUUACCAAUUUGUACCCAAGGCGAGUAAAAGCAUUUGACGGAGAUGUCUUUUCCUAUCUCUUUCACAAGGGAGAAGUCUAUCCCUGCACCUCAUGCAAGAAGGAUGUGCUCUACAGGGAUAUUGUUAAAUGCAGCUCUUGUCAAGGUAAUUGUCAUAAAGAGUGUACAUCAAGAUCUGUUGUUAGCAAAGGAGGCAGUACUACUUCCAGUUUGAUAUGCAAGUUAUGCCUCCAGAAGCGGACUCUUAUGCUCACUAGUUACAAUACAAAUAUAAAUGCAAGUUAUAUCCAGCAUCAACAGAAGAGUAAUGGCCAACAGCCAGUGGCCGCUCCCAGAAUUGCAUUUAAGGUUAGUUCUUCCCAUUCUGCUGAACCUGCCCCCAAAGUUGAAGCCGAGCCAGUCACAAAGGUUAAAGCACAACCAGUUGGAAAGGUGGAAGCUAUAACCCAGCCAGUUGUGAAUGUGAAAGCCGAGCCACUCGUGAAGGUGGAAGCCCAGCCACUCGCUAAAGUGGCAACUCAGAAUAUCACUGGUGUCCAAAAGAAAAAAGCUAAAAAGUCAACGUCAGAAAAACCAACAAAGGCUAAAAAAGUUCAACCGAUCACAUAUUUUGGUCUCGUAUGGAAGAAAAAUAAGAAUGACAAUGAUGAUGGAAGUGAGUUCAGGGCAAAUAAUGUAAUCCUUAAAAGCAAGGAUGGUAUAGGUUCAUCAAUAAAACCAAAAUGUUGUCUAUGUGACAAAGCUUAUUCUCCGGAUUUCCUGUAUGUACGCUGUGAGAAGUGCACAAAUUGGUUUCAUGGUGAUUCCUUGCAACUUGAUGAAGAUAAGCUUGGUGAGUUGCUUGGAUACCGAUGCUGUAGGUGCCGAAGGAGAGCCAUACCCCCAUGUCCUCAUUCAGAUAAUUAUGUAAAGCCUGAACCAGAAUUUAGUAAGCAAACAGUUGCAACAUCAUCACUGUCAACUAUGCUAUCUAGUGCGGAGACUUUUGCUUUAGCAGAUCAGGACCCACUGCUUGCUUCAUAUGGAAUAGUUGAACCAAUUGGGGAAGAAACAAGGGAUGUUGAUAUAUCAGCGAACAUGGGAAGCAUUGCCCCAGGUAGUAACCAGAAGCUGUCCAUAAGAAGAGCGCAAACUAAAAGUUCUGAAUACCUUGAUCAAGCUGGUAAACCUGUGAAUGAGUAUUAUAUCCAGAAUACACCUUCAGGCAAUGGAAACAUCAAUUUCAGCCAUAUGAAUGGAAUUUCUUUUUCGGAGGCUGACAGCGUGGAUGCUUCAGAACUAUUGGGGUGGGAUUUUUCCAAAGGCACUACAUAUGCUGCCCCACCUGAUUUCACUUCUAAUCACCAGCAGAAUGACACUAGCUGUGGCAGCUUUGUGAUGGACGAGUAUGAGCCCCAAACUUAUUUCUCGUUCACUGAGCUGCUUGAAGCUGAUGACACACACCUUGACAAUGCAUUUGGGAUGGCUACUGGUCUGCAAGAUGUUAAUGGCACCGGAAGCUUUGUUCAACAAGGAGUUGGUUUUGAUGAUGUUUCUUUCAUGGUAGAAGAUGGAGCUUCAAAUAUGAAUUUCUCAACAAAUGGUCCCACGCCUGAAGAGGUAGCAUGCCGCAACUGCAAGCGUACUCAGCCGCCACCUGAUCUAAGAUGUUCUGUCUGUGGCCUGCGCAUACACCGGUAUUGCUCACCGUGGGACCAAGGUGUAGAGCCUGUUGAGAGCAGCAAUUGGAGUUGUGGUGGUUGCCGCGGAUGGCAAUGAUACACUUCUGAACUUCAUUGCCUCUGUUUAGAGUGGCGACUGCCAGUUGUGAUGGCAGGUGGAAGGUACAAGUUUGAAGAGAGCCGUCCUCCAUGAAUCUGGAUGAAAAUUCUCCAAGCUGUUGUCAUACUGUGCUACAGUUUGUUCAGAUCAUUUGAUUAUUUGACCUAAUUUUAACCAUUAUACAGUUAGAGGAGCAAUUACUGCUGGGAGGUUACACUGUACAUACUAAAAGGAUGGGUCGACAGCGACCAUUUUCCAUUCUUUAGGCUGUUUAUUUUUGGGGAGUUUUAGAGCUAGGAUGCUGUUAGCACAUAACAACAUGGUAUAUGGGUCGUCGGAAUGUAACUGUAUUAAACUUGGGUUCUCUCUUCUCCUUUUGAGAUAGAAGUGUCUCUUGGUCAACAGUGGCCAUUUCUAAGUCUAUGCAGCUAUGCUCCAUAUAUUGCCUACAGUUUCCGUUUUUUAA